AUGGGCGCCGUGGUUGUGGGCCUUUGGGCGGUUGCCGGCCUUUGCGCCGCAAUUCCACGCACGGCCUUGCGAGCACAGGGCAAGGAGCAGGAAUCGCAAGUGGAGGACAAGAAGCCAUUCAACGUUUGGGAGCCGGAUACCUACGGCAACAUUUCCAUGGACGACGUGAAGAAGUAUGGCGCAGCCGGCACCUUGUCCUACGUGAUCACAGAGCUGCUCUUUUGGGCCAUUGCCUUCCCCACAGAGUGCAUCGUCUACCUGAACACGGCAGGCCAUUGGCCAGACUUCAGCAAGCCUGAGGAGAGCGCAGCUGUCUUCGGCUUCCAACAUCGCUCGGCUGCUUCUGCCGCUGCGCUUUGGGGCAGCUUUGGCCAUGGCGCCCUGGGUGGAUGA